AGCUCCCGUGCGCUUAGCCGCGGGAACAUCUGCAACAGCCUCAAAAUUACGACCGUAAACAUGACGAACAAGGUGCUGGCGGCCGUACAGGACCUCCAGAAGCAGCAGCAGCAACAGCAGCAGCAGCAGCAGCAACAGCAACAGCAGCAGCAGAAUGGUGGCAAUGGUGGUGGUGGUGGUGGCGGUGGCGGUGACGCAGGCCAGACGGCUGGUGGAGCUACCGGCGGUGGCGCCCAAAGCUCCGACAACAAUUCACGCACCAAUCUGAUCGUCAACUAUCUGCCCCAAACGAUGACGGAGGAAGAGAUCCGGUCACUCUUCUCGAGCGUCGGAGAGGUGGAAAGUGUGAAGCUGGUGCGGGACAAGAACGUCAUCUAUCCCGGCCAACCGAAAGGUCAAAGCUUGGGCUACGGGUUCGUCAACUACCAUCGGCCGCAGGAUGCGGAGCAGGCGGUCAAUGUGUUGAAUGGUUUGCGGUUACAAAACAAGGUGCUGAAGGUGUCGUUCGCACGGCCAAGCUCCGAGGGUAUCAAGGGUGCAAAUCUGUACAUCUCCGGACUGCCGAAAACGAUCACCCAGGAAGAGCUGGAAACGAUUUUCCGACCGUACGGUGAAAUCAUCACAUCGCGCGUCCUCAUCCAAGAAGGCAACGAUAAGCCGAAAGGUGUCGGCUUCAUCCGGUUCGACCAGCGCAAGGAAGCGGAACGUGCCAUCCAGGCACUGAACGGUACCACACCUAAGGGACUCACCGAUCCGAUCACGGUCAAGUUCUCGAACACACCGGGCCAGAAUGCGGCCGCCAAGGUAGUGCAGCCCGCCCUGCCGGCCUUCCUGAACCCGCAGCUAACGCGCCGCCUCGGUGCAAUCCACCAUCCGAUCAACAAGGGUCUGGCACGGUUUUCGCCGAUGGGUGGUGAGGUGCUGGACAUGAUGCUGCCCGCCGCACCGACCAACGGGCUAAAUGUGGCCCCGUCCGGUGGCUGGAGCAUAUUCAUCUACAACCUUGCACCGGAAACGGAAGAAAACACGCUGUGGCAGCUGUUCGGACCGUUCGGUGCCGUACAGAACGUGAAGGUCAUCAAGGAUGCGGCGACGAACCAGUGCAAGGGUUACGGGUUCGUCACGAUGACCAACUACGAGGAGGCGAUGCUGGCGAUCCGCUCACUCAACGGCUACACGUUGGGACAGCGCGUUUUGCAAGUCAGCUUCAAGACCAACAAAUCAAACGGUGGCCACAUGAGCGAUAACUAGAGCGAUUCGUGCACUGAAGAAAACACACGAGCUGAAGCCAAACCAUAACCAAACCAUCC